UUAUUUUUUUCACUCACAGAGAGAGAUGGUCCUUAGGAUUGGCUUUACUCAUGUGGGCUCAUCUUUAUGUGAUUGAUUAGAUAAUUCAACUGUCGUUUGAUCACGUGGUUUGGCUUCUUCCCUGGCUUUUCCUUCUUGACAUUCUUCUUUUCUUCCUCUCGUGAAAAAGGUCGGCUCUUAAAUCAGGCUGCUCUCUGUCUAGAAUUUUCUGUUUGGUGGGUUAUUUAUUACUUAUUUGUGUUGAAAAUUUCCACGUUUCGUACUCACUCUCUUUUGCUUAAUUUCCGGGUAACGUUUGUCAUCACUCGUCAGUUAUAUACACACAUAUAUAUAUUUUUCCUCUUUUUUUUUUAUUUUAUUUUAACUGCCGUUCGCCUUAUCAUCACCAAGCAGACGACAGAAACAGCAGAACAGAAUACUGUGCAGAAUAUAGAAGGAAGGAAAGAAAAGAGAAACCACACUCUUGAAAAAAAGGGCUGCAAAGCAAAGCCUUUGCCAUUCCCUUUUGGUUUGGAGAUUUAUUGCAUUUUUAAUCUCACCCUAUCAGUCUGGUAAAAGGCUGAUGAGAGUGAGGAAAGGUGUUCCCACCAAAAAGAAUCAGCUUGAAGAUUGAUGCCUGAGAAGAUGGAUCCGGAUUAUGGAAAGUGUUGGAGCACUUCCAAGGAUUCUUGGAAGACAAUUUUGAUCUUGGCUUACCAAAGUCUUGGCGUGGUGUAUGGGGACCUCAGCAUUUCCCCUCUCUAUGUUUACAAGAGCACAUUUGCAGAAGAUAUUCAUCACUCAGACACCAAUGAAGAGAUUUUUGGAGUUCUUUCAUUUGUUUUCUGGACUCUAACUCUAGUUCCUUUGUUCAAAUAUGUGUUUAUAGUCCUUCGAGCUGAUGACAAUGGCGAGGGGGGUACUUUUGCCCUCUAUUCCCUCAUAUGCAGGCAUGCAAAAGUAAGUCUUCUGCCCAACCGGCAAGCUGCGGAUGAAGCCCUUUCCACAUAUAAACUGGAGCACCCUCCAGAGAGAAAAAACAGCUCAAGGGUAAAAGUAUUACUCGAGAGACACAAAUUCUUGCACACAGCCUUGCUAAUCUUGGUACUUCUUGGCACCUGUAUGGUAAUUGGAGAUGGACUGCUGACUCCAGCCAUUUCAGUUUUCUCUGCAGUUUCUGGCCUUGAGUUAUCCAUGUCUAACCACCAAUAUGCAGUGAUUCCAAUUACGUGCUUCAUAUUAGUAUGCCUAUUUGCACUACAGCACUAUGGCACGCAUCGGGUUGGUUUUGUUUUUGCACCAGUGGUACUAGCUUGGCUUCUAUGCAUCAGCUCUCUUGGCCUGUACAACAUAUUGCAUUGGAAUCGGCAUGUUUACAAAGCUCUUUCCCCAUAUUAUAUGUUCAAGUUCUUAAGGAAGACAAGAAAAGGUGGAUGGAUGUCAUUGGGUGGAAUAUUGUUGUGCAUAACAGGCUCGGAGGCAAUGUUUGCUGAUCUUGGCCACUUUUCAUAUUCUGCAAUUCAGAUUGCUUUCACCUUUCUGGUUUAUCCAGCACUUAUAUUGGCAUAUAUGGGUCAAGCUGCCUACUUGUCAAAGCAUCACAGCACUAUCUACCAGAUCAGUUUUUAUGUCUCAGUACCAGAGAGUGUAAGGUGGCCGGUUCUUGUUAUAGCAAUUCUUGCUUCUGUGGUGGGAAGUCAAGCAAUCAUAAGUGGAACAUUCUCCAUCAUCAACCAGAGUCAAUCACUUGGUUGCUUUCCAAGAGUCAAGGUUGUUCACACCUCUGAUAAGAUACACGGUCAAAUCUAUAUUCCUGAGAUCAACUGGAUGCUAAUGAUCCUCUGCAUUGCUGUAACCAUUGGUUUUAGAGACACAAAACACAUGGGAAAUGCAUCAGGGUUAGCAGUGAUGGCUGUGAUGCUUGUAACCACAUGUCUCACUUCCUUGGUUAUUAUCCUUUGUUGGCACAAGCCCCCUCUUCUGGCUCUUUGCUUUCUACUCUUUUUUGGCUCUAUUGAGUUACUAUAUUUCUCAGCUUCUCUCAUUAAAUUCCUGGAGGGUGCCUGGCUCCCAAUCCUCUUAGCACUCUUUCUAGUUACCAUCAUGUUUGUUUGGCAUUAUGCCACGAUCAAGAAAUAUGAAUAUGAUCUCCACAACAAGGUUUCAUUAGAGUGGUUAUUAGCCUUGGGCCCAAGCUUGGGCAUCGCUCGAGUCCCUGGGAUUGGCGUAGUCUUCACUGAUCUGACCUCUGGCAUCCCUGCAAAUUUCUCUCGUUUUGUCACCAACCUUCCUGCCUUCCACCGCAUCCUCGUCUUUGUCUGUGUAAAAUCAGUUCCUGUCCCUUAUGUCCCUCCUGCUGAGCGGUAUCUUGUGGGUCGAGUGGGUCCUGCAGCUCAUCGUUCUUACAGAUGUAUUGUCCGCUAUGGGUACCGUGAUGUUCACCAGGAUGUUGAUUCUUUCGAAUCUGAACUCGUUGACAAACUGGCUGAUUUUAUCCACUAUGACUGGUCUCAGAGGCUCACUUCAGGGAACGAGGAUGGUGGAUCUCAAUCUGGCGGAUCAUCAAGCGAGUGUAGAUUGGCAGUGAUAGGAACAGUGGCGCUCUCUGGAACACCAGCAUUUGAGAUAGAUGAGAGCUUGCAGCCAGCAAGUGUAUCUGUCGGUUUCCUAACUGUAGAGAGCAUGACAGAUGUCAUCGAGAUGGAGCCUGUUGGUGUUGUCGAAAGACGAGUGAGGUUUGCAGUUGAUGAGUCUGAAUCUGAUGUGCGGUCUGAAAUUGAUGUGCAGUUGCAGGAAGAGCUGCAAGAUUUGCUCACAGCUCAACAGGCUGGAACUGCAUUCAUCCUUGGGCAUUCCCACGUUAAGGCGAAACAAGGAUCAUCUCCUCUGAAGAGACUGGCAAUUAAUUUCGGAUACAAUUUCCUGAGGAGGAAUUGCCGGGGGCCGGAUGUGGCACUCAAGGUACCUCCAGUGUCCCUUCUUGAGGUUGGCAUGGUCUAUAUUGUCUAGUCUACAAAUGUAACUAUGAGUUUAUAUAUGCUCAUGACAUACAUAGUUUUGAAGAUCUGGAAACUCAAAUAGCUGUGCCAGGGCAGGAAUGUAACUAUGCAGGUUAACUAGACAAUGGCAUGUUGAGAAAGCAAACUGUUUUAACUCUGUUGUGUGAUGGCCUAACAUCACCAACCUCCUAUGAAAUGGAAAGUAAAUUUUCUUUCCUUCA